CUCAGCCGAGCCGACCAGCUGAGAUCGACCGAGAUGGGUGCCGUGGAGCUCCCGAAGAUCGACUUCUCCGGCGUGGACGCGUCGGCGCCGGGGACGGGGCGGUGGGACGCAGUGCGCGCGGAGGUGAUGGACGCGCUGGCCACCUUCGGCUGCUUCGACGCGCACUACCCGGCGCUCGCCCCGGCGCAGCGCGCCGCGCUCUUCGACGGCGCCGUCCGCCCGCUCUUCGCGCUGCCUGUGGACGCCAAGCGCCGCAACCACUACGGGCCCGGCAAGCCCUUCCACGGCUACCUCGGGGGCCUCCCGGGCCUCCACGCCUAUGAGAGCCUCGCCAUUGUCGGCGGGCCCGAGCUGGGCGCCGUCCAGGCCUUCGCCGACCUCUUGUUCCCCGCCGCCGACAACGCCGCCUUCUGCGAGGCUGUUCACGGCGCGGCGGCGCGGAUGGCGGAGCUGGAGGGGGCGGUGCGGCGGAUGGUCAUGGAGGGGCUCGGGGUGGCCGUCGACGAGGGCCAGGCCCAGAGCGCGCCCUUCUGGCACCUGUUCCGGAUGUCAGAGUACGGGGCGCCGACCGCCGACGAGAGGGCGAGAGAGGUGCGGUACGGGUCGCACCAGGACACCAACUCGCUGAGCGUGGUGUGCCAGCACGAGGUCGACGGGCUGGAGAUGCAGGCCAGGGACGGGCGGUGGGUCCUCGUCCGGCCGUCGCCGGCGUCGCUCGUCGUCAUGGCCGGCAACGCUCUCCGGGCGUGGUCCAACGACCGGGUGCACGCGCCGUUCCACCGGAUAAGCGUGGGCGGGGACGCGACGAGGUACUCGGCCAUCCUCUUCUCCGUCCCCGGCGAGCCGACGAUACGCGUGCGCGACGAGCUCGUGGACGAGGCCGGCGGCCACCCUCGCCGGUUCAGGGACUACGACUACGACGAGUUCGUUCGCUUCUGCGUCUCCGAGGAGGGUGGUCGCCAUGACGACAAGCUCAAGGCCUACUGCGGAGUAGCUGUGUAGGUGCAGAAAACUAGGUAGAAGCGGGGGAACGGCCUGGGCAGCUACACCAUCGAGUCCGGCCCAAGUCCGCCGCUGAAAUGAAUAAGGCUGGUCGUAAUGGUAGGAUCAUAGCUAGUAUCAUGUAUGCCAACUAGACAAUUUUAAUGAGGUGUCAUAGCAUUAAAUGAAGAAAGAGAGGGUGUAGUAUCAUAUCAUGAUACCGUAUCAUAUUAAAUGUUAUGCUACUUUGUGUCAUGCAUGACAAUAAAUAGAGUACAACAUGAUACUAAUAUAUGAUACUAUGCAUUAGGGAGGUAGUAUCAUACACUAGUAUCAUAUGCAUGAUACUAGUAUAUGAUACUCCCCAUUACAACCAGCCUAAGCUUGAUCUGCAAUUCGUGCUU